CAAUUAUACACAUCAUACCGUGUAUCGUAAAAUACGGUCACCGCGAUUCAAAAGCAAAACUUAUCGCAAAAUUAUGGAUUGUAUUACCUCAUUAUUUUUAUUAUCAGAAAACUGGACACAAAUAUUACAUAUUGUUAAAUUAUAGUUUUCAAAAAUUUAAGUACACGAAAAUAAUGAAAAGUCAUGUAUUUCAUGUAAAAAACCGUUAGGGAAAAGUAUUCUCAAAAGUGGUUCAAGAGUAAAUUGCGUAAUGGUUCAUGGAUACAAACAGUUUAGACCAUUAGUUAUUUGCAAACAUGCCUAUCAAGUUGGAAAACUGGAGUAUGUGAAAAGGAGGGCUGCGCUAUUACGCAACACACCAUAAGUUGUGAUUUUGUUGUCAGCAAAGUAAUAUGAUAAAAUCCUAGAUUACAAAACAAAAAUUCUUACAUACAAUACGUAAGUGUGGUACCUGUGGUGACUAUUUUUCACAGAGUAUCUUAUCUGCGGGUGAUAACAUAACAACAUAAAAGUGUCAGUCAAAGGAAUUGUUUUUGAUAACGCAGAACUUAAACGGCCUAUCUAUUCAGCCCCAAUAUUCUAAAACCAAUAAAGCUCCAAAACGCGAUAGCUGAAGAUCUGAAAACAAUAUACGUGCACAGCAGAAACGUAUAGAGUGAUCUUUUCAAAGACGGAACACAGGACAACAAUGGGGCGCAAAAUGAUAAGAGAUUCUGGAUACGAAGAUUUAUACUAUAUCCACUAAAAAAUAGAACAUAAAAAUAGGCCGAUAUCGGUCCUAAAACAUACCUAAGAAAAACAGUUUAAGUGACAACAUCAGAGACACUUAGUAUAGAAUGGCAGCGCAAAGGGACUCCGGGUUCGAGGAAGAUAUAGAGUUCCUGUUACCCCACGGAAUGAUGGUCAACAUGAAAUGUGACAGACGUAUGUCGCUAAGGGACAUCACUGAAUCGUUGUGGGCAAAGGUCAUCGAACUUCCGGCGGCGAACAGACUGCGGAGCUCCAGCCACUACGUGUUCGUCGGGGUCACGAGAGAUGCCGAAGAGAAGGAAAUGGAUCCACGCGUUCCUAUUACAGAUCUACCUCUUAUUAAACCUAUUCUUGAAAUCUCGGAACCACUGGAAACACGUGACUGGGAACGACACUUUACGGAAACAGGGAACCUUAUGGAUGUGAGCAUUCCAUCGCUUGACCAGAUCUCAAGCCAUAACGAGGAGCACCGUGACGUCAGAAUCGUCAUGAAGCACGUGGGACAGAGCGUGGCAAGAGAGAUGACCAAGUGGUCAAUGGAAGAGAGGCUGUUGUUUCAGUACAGACCAAGACUGGACCUGAAUACUGAAAUUCCAUUAAGUACAGUGAAGAUCAUAAAUAAAGGUGGUGAAAGGUCACUACUACAGGCAGUCGUAUACUGCAGGGUAAAUGGGGAGACCACCUUCAAAACAAUCAAGCAUAUAUUUGCGAACGAACAGCCUCGAGAGGUCACUCGGUUGGCCAUGCAAGCGCACAAUCUGAUCCCUAAUACCCUCAGUUCGAGCCUUAACCGCAGACAGUCCGUAUCCACCAUGUAUCUGCUGAAAAGACUGGAAAAAGAAGAAUAUUUCCUGGAAGAGUGUGGGAUGCUGGCAUACGAGUAUGUUCGCGACUGUUUCACCAAGGACGAAAAGCUAUUACUGGAAAUCGUUUCAAAGAAUGACGUCAUCAAGCAACUUCCGGACUUCAGAUGUCUGACACUUGACUAUGCCGACCGUCUCCGUAAGCCAAGCACGAGGGACGUCGAUGCCAAAUUGUCUUGGAACGUGUCCACGGAUAAGUAUUACUCGGUUGUGUUCCGUGAUGUCCCAGUGCCGCGAUCAGACUGGAAUGAGUACUACCUCGAGGCUCAGAUAUACCACGGCAAGCAGGCGCUGUGUCAUGCAGUUCGAGUAGAGGAGUACAACCGACCUGUGCAGUUCAGCGUCUCCAUUGAAAGCCUCCCGAGGAACGCACGCCUGUGCUUCACUGUGAUCAAGAAGGACAAAGUCAUUAAGAAUCUGAGAGGAACCAAGUGGGUAAAUAUGCAGAUCUUUGAUCACAAAGGCGCCCUCAUAACGGGUGAGGUCCGAUGUCAGAUGUUCGCAUUCUCGGGAAAGGUCAACAGGGUCAAUAACCCCCUUGGUCUGUCAGGUUUAACAAAGAACGUGUCCAGUUCAGACCAGUUGUGGUUCGAGAUCCAGAAGCCCUGUCCGGAGCCGGUUCGAUUCCCGAGUUCAGAAGAGAUAGACAGACACAUCGAACGGGAAGAGCGAUUUACGGAUAACACAUCUCGUCACAUGCCGUUUGACAUAUUUGAUAGAAUUUGUGCAAAAGAGGUUUUCAACGAACUCACGUCCACGGAGAAAUCGACUUUGUGGGAAACAAGAGCUCAAGCGCUGGAAUACCAACCAAAACUUCUACCGAGAAUCAUUCAAUGUGUCGACUGGACAAAAAGGCACGUCGUUUUCCAGUUGUACCAGCUCAUCCGGAGACACAGGGUCCAAAACCUCGAGGUGGCGCUGCAGCUGCUCGGGCCCGAGUACCCGGAUAGAAGAGUGCGCCGCCUGGCGGUCGAAUAUCUUGCAUCCAAUAUGCCACCACAAGGAUUGAAUCUCUACCUCCUGCAGUUUGUUCAGGCUCUGUUGUUUGAGAGCUACCAUGACAACGAUCUUGCCAAGUUUCUCCUCAAAAGGGCCUUGUUAUACAGGGAUAUCGGGCACAAGUUCUUCUGGUUACUAAGAUCAGAGAUGCACAAUCCCGUGUCUCAACUGCGGUUCGCACCGCUUCUUGAAAGUUACUGUCUGUACUGUGGAGCCGCCGUGUUUGAAGAACGCCGCCAGGAGGUAGAGACUGCCAAGGCCUUACACAAGCUUGCCAUGAGAUUGAAGGACUUGAAGAAAGAAUCGACCUCUGCUGAUGCUAUGGUAAAUGUGCAAACGAAUUUACGAUGCACCGGAAUAUCAGCAAGUCGUGUGUCAGUCAUGGACAGAACAGUCAGACUUGGAGAACUCAAGUAUGACAGGUGUAAGCCACUGAUGUCCAAGAUGAGACCAGUGUGGUUGUCAUGGGAAAACAAGAACAUGAACGUGCCUCCGUACGAGGCUGAGCCGAAAACGAUCGACUACAUAGUGAAAAUCGGAGACGACAUGCGUCAAGACAUGCUUGCAUUGCAACUGUUGAAAGUAAUGGACACAAUUUGGAAGUACAGCUUUGACGACUAUCAUUUGGUCGUGUACAACUGCAUGGCACUCGGUGAAAACUUCGGUCUCAUAGAAGCUGUGCUGAAUGCAAAAACGGUUAAUGACAUCCACAUGACGGACAGGGGUAAACUGUUUCGUACCGAGUCCAUACAUGCCUGGCUCUACAGGACCACACCAGAUGGUGACAAUUUUCAGAAUCCAUUGCGCCGAUUCAAAUAUUCCGCAGCUGCUUGUGUUGUGGGAAUUUAUCUGCUGGGAAUCGGCGACAGGCACCCGAGCAACAUUCUCGUUAAAAACACUGGCGAAAUGUUCCACAUAGAUUUCGGCCACUUCAUGGGUCAUAGGAAGUCCAAGGUGGGCAUCAGGCGCGAGAGAACACCGUUUGUGAUCACGAAAGACUUCAUGAACGUGGUCAGAGGUGGCAAAGAUGACGUCGAAGCGGAAAACGAGUUUAUGUACACGUGCUUCCAACUCUUCAUGUCCAUCAGGCGGCAUGGUACCCUGUUCCUGACACUACUCAACCUCAUGAUGCACUCUAACCUACCGGAACUGAACUGUCAGGCUGAUAUCGAGUACUGCAGGGAUGUGCUGGGCCUUGACAAGCCGGAUCACGAAGUAGCCAAGAAGUUUUUCAAGGAACUCAUUGCUUCAUACAAGAAACAAUGGAUGACAAAUCUGAACUUUUGGUGUCACCGCCUUAACAAGGCAAUCGAUAUGCGCAUCAGUACUUCAAGUUAGAAGGCAACUUGGUGUUGGAACUAUUUUUAGAUUGGUAUCUACCUUCACGUUUUUUGGAGUUUGUGCAUGGAUUUUAUUAUACGUACAAUCAAAACUGGAGUUUUGUUUUAACUAGAACUGUUUUCCAUACAUUUAACAAGGCAACUAAACUGCAGUUGGAAAAUUAGAAGGGAACGUAGUGUUGGACCUAUGUGUCGAAAAAGGUUUAAUUAUCAUAAGCGGGUUACGACUGUGUCGCAUGUUUGUUAUAGCGGGACUAAAAGGACACAGGUUUAGAACUAGUUCUGUUGCAUGUCUUAUUAGACGAAGAGAUAUCUGGAACCGAACCCAUGUAUGCAUUGCUAUAAUCUAUUGAAUGCAUAUGUAUGUGUGUAUACAUCACAAUGAUGCAACGGUACUUUGUAGGCUAAGAGUUGUAUAAUACGAUAAAAGGGGCAUUUUAUGACGGUGGAGAAUUUGUGUGCAAUACAAAAUCUUUAAAUGAAAAUUAUAAUGACACUAGUAAAUAGGUGCUUCAAGAAAUGCGUGCGCAUAUACGUGGGGAAACAGUACUCGAUCUCAUGUAUGUAUUACUACGCGUUCUGUGGGAUAUAGUCCGUGUCAAUGUGCCUGUGUCUUUAACACUAAAUAAACGUCGAUUGUAUGUGUGCAAUGAAGGGAACAAUGAGAACUAUACAAGUGAAGUGCAGCGUGGUACAUUGUCACAUGGACGCAUCUUAUGUAGUACUGUCGUAUUGUUAUUGGAGAGCCUGACUAUGGGAAACGGGGUUUAAUGCAUGUGCUUAGUAUCGUCCAAGAUAAGCCUUUACUGUCCACACAGUCUAAUCAGGGACUACACUUUCCGCAAACACUGGAUUUUCUCUAGGAAGAGCCUUCAUUCAAACGACUGAUACAAUACAAGCAGAACAUGUCAUCCCCGACUUGACUGUGCGAACUGCACAGGCUGUUCUGGGACGGCACUUUGUGCACAAGCAUUACAUUCUUCUUCACUGAGAAAGCUUUAUUUUAAAUGUUCAAUACCAAGUGUGAAAAAAUUUACUCAGUUGUGUGUAAAGAGUUUGGAUUUAGGAACCGAUUAUAGAUGGUUUUAAAUCGCAGAUAUGUGCAUCAUUGCUGACAUCUUGUCAGAAUAUUAUCUCAGCAUUAUACUUCGGUCAGUAAUAUUAUGUAAAUAUAUAUUCUUCUACGUAUGCUCAGGCUUAUUGUUUCAUAUUCGCAACUUGUUGACUUUUAUGCAAUAUUUUAUGUCAGUGAACAUGUUCACGUGAUAAUAUUUCCAUUUGAUUUUGCAAUCCUCACAAUUCUGUGAUUAAAUGCGUGUACAUGUAUAAUGUAAAUUGUUACGUUCAUGUAUGAUGUAAAUUGUUACGUUUCCAUUAAUAAAAGUGCUCUUAUA